AUGGAAAAACCGACAGCGACUCCUUGGCCAAAGGCAGAAGCAACGUCGUCGAAUUCCUCAAAAACAAUAGCCAACGACGUUUCUGCUGAAUAUGUUUCUGUUAUCACUGGUUUCUUUAAAAAAUUAGGAGUUUCACACUCCAAUUCUAUCCCAGAUUUUUGCAAUACCAAGUACUUCUACUCCCAUCUCAUUCGCGACGCAAUCAAACCCGACCAAGUCCUACGUGGCCGAAUCACCUGUCUCUUAACUGUCACACCCGUUCUCGCUAAUAUCUAUGGUUCGUUGCAUGCAGGGGCUAUUGCGGCAAUUGCUGAGAUGGUGUCAAUCGCUUGUGCUAGAAGCGUGGUGGCUGAGGAUAAGGAUAUUUUUCUUGGAGAUAUGAGCAUUUCAUAUCUCUCCGCUGCUCCAAUCCAUGCAGAGCUGAUAGUCGAUGUCUCUGUGCUAAGGAGUGGAACAAAUUUGACUAUUGUUGCAGUGGAGUUCAAGCUCAAGAAAACCGGGAAGUUAGCCUAUACUGCUCGCGCUACAUUCGAUAACAUGCCCAGUGCCAAGUUAUGA